AUGGUCACGGCUUGGACAAGACGGGAAGGCGGCAGCGGCAAUUGCGGCUGCUCGCAACUUCUUGCAAGGAGAGGGGAGGCUGCUGCGGUGGAGAAAACCGGAGACGGCGCCGCGAGCACGCGCGGGGAACAUGGGAGGAGAACCUUGCCGCUCGGUUCUGAGAUGUACGCGCUUCUUCUUGAUGCCUACAUCAAGGAUAACAAUGAGAAGCACCAUCUCUUCGAUGCUAUCGAGACUAUUCCUUCCGUCGCUCGCAAGGCUAAUUGGGCUCUGCGAUGGAUUGAAUCAUCCGAAUCCUUUGCCGAGCGACUCGUUGCCUUUGCUUGCGUCGAGGGCAUUUUCUUUUCGGGUUCCUUCUGUGCUAUCUUUUGGCUCAAGAAGCGUGGAUUGAUGCCGGGCCUGACCUUUUCAAAUGAACUCAUAUCUCGUGAUGAAGGUCUUCAUUGUGAUUUUGCUUGUCUCCUUUAUAGCCUCCUUCGUAGUAAGCUCUCAGAGGAAAGAGUGCGGUCUAUUGUUGCCGACGCUGUUGAUAUUGAGCGGGAAUUUGUCUGUGAUUCCCUUCCUGUUGCCCUUAUUGGGAUGAAUAGUGAACUCAUGAGCCAGUACAUUAAGUUCGUUGCAGAUCAUCUUCUAAGGGCUUUAGGGUAUGAAAAUAUGUACAAGGUAAGCAAUCCUUUUGACUGGAUGGAGCUCAUCUCGCUGCAAGGAAAGACCAACUUUUUUGAGAUGCUAACCAUGAGUUCAAGCUGGAUGAGGAUUUUUAAGAUGCUUCAUGUUGUAUUUUCUUACCUUUUGCUAUUAUGUAAUUUUUUUUUUGUGCCUAAACUUAGGCUUUCGGACAUGGCUAUGAUCUAUGUUAUGCUCUGUAAAAAGUUUGGGUGUUUGUUAACUGUUUAG